AUGGCCCAGUGGAAGAGUGCGGCCAGAGGUUGGAUAUCGGCUCUCCCUCCACGUCAAGCAGCGUUGCUCGAGGAGUACCGGAUGGGAAGCAUACAAGGCAGCACCGAAGCUGAUCAUGCUUUGGAGGAGCUGGAUAAGCUCACGACUCUGAUGAAAGAGCCUUUCCCUCGUGAGUUGCAAGUGAGCCUCGACUGGCUCAAAGAAGACGACACUGUUCUCCUCUCCACUGAUGGGCCCAACGACUUGUGUGACGAGGGGAAUAUGAGGGUUCAAGGUCCGGACCUGAUAAUAAGCGGUGAUCAAGAUGGGGCUACGUCGGCAACGAUCACACCUCUUUAUGAGAAGCUGCCAACUGUCAAACGGGUAACCAUUCCCGGAGGGUCACACAUGGUUCACCUCGAACAGCCCGAAGGCUAUCCUAGUGAUAUUCAGAGACAUGUAUGCCAAACAGUGUAG